AUGUGGCGUCGCAAUAGCUCAAAAACGAAAGCAAAGAAUGAUCUUCCGCGAACGAUCAUCCGAAUGUCUUUCCACGAUCAGGUGAGGCCAAUAUGUCAAAUCCCAUUGAUACCACUUGAGCGGGUAUAUGAUGGUUAUGAGGGUCGAUUGUUUACGUUAGAAAGUCACUUUCAUUUCCACGUCAGGACGGAUAGUUCAUUCCAUGGAGAAAUCAGACGGAAGCAAGAGAAUGAUGCUAAUACAGUUGCUUUAUGCAAUGGAAAGAAACGCAAGCGUCUUGAAAGUACUAGUGAACCCGACGAUAUUGUUAUUGGACAUGUGAUUGGUAAUGCACAAGUUGUUUCAGUAAAUGAACCGGUCGUCUCACUAUCGUCAAGUGUCAAUUAUGACGACACGUCGGUGGUGAAGUAUUACUGUUCUUUCGAGGUGCUGAAGCGAUUACAUCCCAUGGACCGAUACAGUCUCACGUGUUCCACGCCCUUUCCAGUGGCACCUGAUGCAUCUGCAGUGGACACUUGGCAGUUUUCUAGCGUCUGUGAACAAGACAGACAAGUUUUGCGUGUAUCAUCAUCAGCUUUGACAAGCGACAAGCAAUCUAGGACAGGAGAGGCGGUAGAGUCGUUUGAGGAGCAAAAGCUGUUUCAACUACAACCAGUGGAAUGGAAUCAACACCAACAGGAAGAAGAACAGGCGGAGAAAGAGGCGUUAAUGAUACGGACCAGACAACCGUCAGUGUUGAAUCCACUGCGACCUGGCAAAUACGAGUUCAUCGGCUUUACAACGUCUGAUACGCCGUCUGUCAUACCAGCGGUGGUGCCAAGACGGACAAAUGGAUGCCGAGAUCGCCCUCGACCUGUCAUGACCACUACGAAAAAUAAAUGCUUGGUCACGUUGCGCUUGCUGCCUGAUGGCACAUUGCGUGGUACGUCUCGGGAAGUUGUUCAGCCCCAGGUUUGUCAAUUACAUGGACGCUGGUCCGCCAAACGUGUUGUGUAUACGAUGGAGUACCGGGUUCGCGAGGCUGUGGGACACUUUCGCUAUUCAGGAGCUGUAGUCAUUGACAAAGGUGGUGCUGGUGUAUCAAAUGGUAAGAAGAUGAAAUGCAAAAGCAAAGCAAAUGCUUGUGGUAAGAGAUGCGAGAUGCUCAGUGGCAAAUGGCGUAAUGAAGAUCAAGAUCACGCUGACGGCUACGAAGGUGGUCGGGGAGAGUUCAAGUUGGAGCUUGUACGAGUGGAUUUCACAUCUAUCGCAAUCAAAACAGAUCAGAUUGAGUAUGGUAUUCUUCCAGUUUUCCAACAGAAGCAGCAACAGCAGAUAAACCAAGAUACUGGCGCAGCAAUUGAUGUUGAUGAUAAUGACGACGCUAUCCACGCAUUCACAUCAGGCGAGUACGAGUUGUCUGGAUGCGCGACUGAUGCAGAUGGAUACGAGUAUGCGUUUGAUCUAGAAAUGCAAUUGCAUCCAGGUGGAAAGCUAAUUGGAUGGAGUAAAGAGCGUAUUUUUCAGCAAACUUGCCCUGUGUUUGGACGUUGGGAGCCGUCACGGAUAGUAUACAGCCAACAAUACAUGGUACAGCAUGAGGUCGGUAUGUACACAUAUUCAGCAGACAUGAGUACUAAUGACGCUGUGAUUCGAGGAACGUGGGCCAAUGCUGAGGUAGAUUGUGCUUUAGCUCCGAGUGAACAUGGUACGUUUGCGCUAAUUCUGGUGAAGUCUACGCGACGAUGGAGCACAUUUAGUCAUUCGUAUUACCCAUUGAAAUUUCGUCAACGAGUGUUGACAAUUCUGAUGGCAUCAGCAAGACGACACGAAAUUCCUGGCGUGAUCUGGACAAAUGUCUUUGCAUUUUGCAACGAAACUUGGUUCACUUGA